CUGGGGUGCCCCAUGUUCGUAUUUAAGGAGAAGGAGGGUAGGUGUGUAAAAGACUCACAGCAUUCUAUAAGAUGAAGCUCCAAUUGUUCCACAUCUGCUCGUCCCUCUCUGCCCCCGUCCUGCUCUCAUUGGCACUGCUGCUCUUGCCUCCAGGGGGCCUAAGUAUUCCCCACCAUCCGGCUGCCUACCUACCUGCGCUCGAUGGCCCAGAUUGGGAGGCGGCUCUGCUGAGGCUCCAGGCCUGGCUAGGAGGGGCCCCGGGGGCUGGGGAGGCACAGCCCUGGGCUCUGAUUGGGGAGCUGGGACCUGAGGAGCUUCUCGCCAGGCUGCAGGGUGUGGAGAACCAGCUGGGAUGGGCAUCGCCCCCCACAGGCGGGGUGCUGAGGGGCCAGAGAGAAGAACUGAGCCGGAGACCCCUGGGAACCUUCCCCCAAAAUCAAAUGGAAAUGGUGCACUACCACCAGCGAGGCAGGGAUGAGGAUGAAGGAAGUGAGAAGAGGAACGAGGCACUGAUGUCCAUCGCAGGAGGCCUUCAGGCUUUCAACAGACAGAAAGGAGGAUUUGGGUUCCGCUUUGGCAGGAAGUGAUGUGGAGAGGGGGCGGGGCAGAGGCCGCACCGAAAAAACACUGCAUUGAAUUUACAUGGUUCAAGUUUAAGCAUCAUUCACACAUGAACAGAGUGACGUUUUUCCAGUCAUUGUGUUCAUGUGAUGUAUUUAAUGAAUGUCGAGAUUGUGUGUAUUAUUCAAUCACGUAAACCCAGUGAGUAAGGUUUUUUCGGCAUGGCCAAAAGGAGAAAGAGGUGCAAAGAAAAAAGAUCAAAGCAGACGACCGUCCGUUGGUCAAAUGUCUACAGGAUGUAUGCUGUGUGCAUGUUUGACUGACAGAAAGAGAGUAACACAUUUCUGCGUCCUGUCUUCAUCGAAUCACCGUCACAUUCCUGAACCACACCGAACCUUUGUCAGUGUAGCUGUUAGAAUGGGUCUCCUCCGCAUGUAGCCUAUGUAAACUAUCUCCUGACCCAGUAAACAUGAUGUGCUGUUCUGCUGUAUAAACACUCACUCUCACUCCCAACUGCCAUCACUACUUCAAUCCAUUUACCAUCAUUAAAAUUUUUAACCACCA